UUUAAGUUGCCUCAAGACACUGAGAGAAUAAAACAGUUAUCUGCAGUGAUUUAAGAAUAGCCGAAUUGGGUGCCUCUACCGAAAUCGCUCACAUGGCUUUGAGAAAAAGAUCAGAAGUGCCAGUUAUCAUCAAAUCUGAAAGUGGCAUGAAAGGCAUGGAUUCGUUGAGCGCGUCUGGAAUGAACCAAGAAUCAGACGUGUCAGGAGAUGGCAACGAAGAAUGGCUGGAAUCUACUUUUACUCUAAAACAAGCAGAAAAAACACGCUGGCUAGACAGAAGAAUAGGUAGCAUACUGAAAAUGCCCUACAAAUGUUUCAAAAGAAACAUUUUGAACCGCAGUUCUCUGAUUACAGUCAUAAUGAGCAGUGACCGUGAAAGCCGAUAUUUCAUCAAAAAAUUGAAGUCUCUUUUUCAUGAAGAAAUCGCUGAACACCAACAACGAGGCGUCAAAAGAUUGUAUUCAACAAUAAAUAGGCGAAAAACACCGUACAAAUUGGGAUGGUUAAAUCUGGUGGCAAAGGUGUCUGCAGUUAUAAAACCCGAAAUUGCCAUAAGUGACAAAACUCAAGUAAUCAAAUGCAAACACUUCAAUAGAUCGCAUAGCUACCGAUGCAUGCGUGCUCAAGUGAUGCGCUUAGCGGGUCCUACUAAAAGCGAAUUAGCCGUAUUUAGAAACAAAAUGAAGAAAAUCAUUGCGCCCCAAUUCAUCAAGGAUAUUAUUGGUUACAAUAAGAAAUACACCGCUAUUAUGAUGUCCCAAGCCUGUGGCAGUGAUGUGCAUAAAGUUACUACGCAAAAUGAAAUAAUAUAAACAUUUGUAUAAAAUUAAUAAACAGUAAAAUGAAU